AUUUAGUCAUACCACAGGCCUCACUAAUGCGGUCCCUUUAAUUUUAACAGACAGCCACGAUUUGUUUAUGAAAAAAAAAUGCACACACCCAGUGUUUUAUCCCACACUUUUUUCUUUUUCUGUUACAAGAAUAGGGCAUUAUGCAUGUGCUCAGACUAACCGUGGACAGCAGUUUUAGGCGAACAGAAGACUUGAUGGCUGAAUUGGAACAGAUGACUCCAGCCUGUCAGACUUUAGGCUUGUAGGCCUCACAGACAGAGUAUUCAUAUAUCCCCUUAGCUGCUCUGAAUUAUUGCCAAGAUCCAGCUCUUUGAAAUUCUAGGAGACUAAUGCCAAAGACACAUCCCCCUCUUCUUUUUUUACACAAAAGCUUAGUGGAAAAAAAGGUUUACUUAACGGCUAAACUUUCUCUUCAUCACUCAACGCUCUCUGCCAUGCUCGGGAUAAAUAAGUAAAGUAAAUAAACGUGGGCCAAAGAGGAACAACAGUCUAGAAGUCUAGAAGAACAGUCAAUGAAUGUUAUCAUGAAAUCCUUUAAAAUAAGCUAGAUUAGCAUUUCCUGAAGGACAUAAAAAUACCAAUCAAAAUAGUAUGCAAUUUAAUGAAAAUAUAACCAGAUUUGGGAGGAUUCAUGCAUUUUUUUCAUUGUGUGUCUAGAGACUCCCCACUUUAUAUUAGGUGGUCUUAACUACUGUGUAUUUACAUUUAAACGAAUCAUUGGUUUCUGUAAUUCCAUUUAUAUUUGCACAGUUGACCCACCCCUUACUCCUUAACCCACCCUAAAACCUACCCAUACCAGAAGUGUUUUUUUAAUGCGGUACAUGGCGGUUAAGGCCACCUAAUAUAAAGUUGAACCGGUUGAAUGUUUAACAUGUGCAACAGUCAGACAUCCAUCACCCGUGUUUACAUAGGCCUGGAAAAAAAAAAUACUAUUUGCCGCUAUGCUACAUUGUACCUUUUAAACACGAAAUGCUGCCAAUUGUGAAAGACUCUUUUUUUGAUAGAUGAUCAAUGUUUAUUCUUACAGUCUUUGAAAAAUUUGUUGGCAUUAGUAAGUCGACUGUACUGUAGUGACCUACUUAACAAAUCGAAACGAACCAGCAUUAACUUUUACUGUUCUGUUAACGUUGUACAUGGUCACAAUGAAUUGCUAUAUUUGAUUUAGAACAGACGCUGCUAUAUUUUUUUUUUUUAUGAGCCUCAACUUGCCUCACCGUGUUAGAGGUUGCACUAGACACGAUGAUGUAAGCAUUUCUGUGAUACAGUUCAUUGGGUUAUGAACUACUGUGAAUACUCCUACUAUACUGCGUCAUAAAUCUAUUAGCGUUUCAUAUCACUUGCUCUCACUUUAGAUAAGGGUAGAAAUGAAACGGGCCUUAGGUGAACCAUCUGAUAUAGCAUAAUCAAUCCAAGCCACAGGUCAUUAGAGAAAGAGCCAAUGUUGACAAAAAAACUCAGCCUCUACUUGUACACCGUUUUAAAUCUUUACCAGAUUCUCAGUGUCCAGCUUAUUCAAGGCUUAAAGUUGAUUAUUUAUUGCUAGAGUAAAAACAGUGGCCCAAUGCCAAACACCUGACACAAACUAAAAGCACAAGAGAAUCGAUACAGAACGGGCAAUCACAUUUUGAGUCUGAUUAAAAGAGUUCAAUGUCUGGAACCAGAUCGCAAACAACGGAAUGAAGCCAGAAUAAAAAUGAAGCGUGGUUAUAUUUCACCUAUGAAUUUUUCAUUAGAAUAUUCUUACAGUGUAGUGCAGUGUGCCUGCUAACGAUUUCCAAUUCAGAUUCGGGAAAAAAAGUUUGAGAGAAAAAAAACAUUCUAUUUUACGGUCGCAGGUUUAAAAUGAUAUGGUCUUGCACAUGUAACAAGCCACGUGAUCUGCUCCAACUUCUUAUGUUUUCAUAUGAUGCGUGCGACUCCCAUCAUAUGAAUUCAUAAAAAAUCCCCACCUCGUAAGAUCGUUUCAUUUCUCCGAUCAGGUUGUGUGCACAGCACAAACAAAUUAAAGUUAUCAUGUGCUUCUUCGAAUAAACAAAGGUGGGCCUGUAAUUAUUCUUGGCUGAUAUCUAGUCGACCGUGCCUUUUAAAAAAAGACUCAGCGUAAAUAGCAACAUCCUUCUUUGGAUUUUACGUGCUUUUUUCUUCCUUUCUAAAGCAUGGAAGCCUAUUUCUGCCACACAAACAACAAAAAAGCAAUUGCAACAUUUGAAUUCAAACAUCUUUUUUCUCACAAUUCUGACAAAGAUUCUUUGUUUACAUAUUAGAUGCUUUUUGUUUCCAACCUAACAAAUGAGAAAAAAUAAAAAAUAUGAUAUAGGCUAAAUUUGUGCUAAGCAAUAUAAUAUAAAUUGAUAUAAACUCAGAACUGUGAGAUAUAAACUUUCAAUUCUAGAAAAAUACAAAUAAAUAACCUAAUAAAUAAGUUUUGAGGGUUUUCUUCUCUCAAUUAUGAGAGUUUAUAUCUCAAAAUUCACAUUUUUAUAAAACAGUCUGAAUUGUGAAAUAAAUACUUAAAUAAAUGGAAUUAAACGGAUAUGGGCUUCCAUACUUGGCAGUGCACAGGAGGUUAAUUCUCAAGUUGCUGCUGGAGUCACGCACGGUACGGUCAUCUUCAUUCCCUUUUGUUAAAGACCCAGCGCAAAUCUCACAGUAUCAGAAAACCAGUACAAUAGAGGCUUUCUCACUGCAACACUGCGUGCAAGAGAAAAGCUUUAUUGUGCAAUAGACACACCAGGCUCUGUGUUCACACGUCACACUCAACCCGGCUAGCGUUUUGUGUCAGAACAGAACAUUUGAUGUAGAUGAACUCCUUUGAGAGGUGCUGAGGUUUACAUUCCAUGCGAUGCAUUGGCACAAUACCAUCGCGCACUCGUAAUUGUUUGCAUACCUUUGCCGCGUGGAUUCGUUAAACCCCGGCGGACCUUUCUCAUCACUAAAGAAAAAGAAGGCUGAGGACGUGCCUACGGAGUAAUCUGAUCACAGAACGAUCUGUACUGCCAAGAAACCAUUUUAACUCGGGACUGAACUGUUCAGAGGACACUAAUCUGGCUUUUCAAUUGUGAACAAAAAUGAUUUGUACGGUACAUGGCUUUGAGCUUAGCUAAUUCAUUUGUCCUGCAUGACACCGCGCAUCAAAAACAUGGACAAAAUCGCCAUUUUAGUCGAUUAUACUCCAUUGUUUGCUCCUGAGCACAGACCUGUGUGUGUUUGCUUUUACUUAUCAGCUUUAAGCCAUGUGGGUUGACCAGCACGCACUCAUUCCUGCCCAGUCAAUGUCCAUUUUCCUGUUUUGAACUGAUAACAAUAAAGACUGGAUAGCACAUUCACUUUCAGACCCGUAAAAUGGACGUUUACAAAAGCUCUCCUGCACGUACAAGUUCAUAUUAAUAUGACUCAACUAAAUAGUGAUAUGUUAGCACUUGCGCAACUUGGGGUUGGUGUUGUACCAUGGGCUUUCCAAGAAAAACAGACAUAUCCUGAGAUUGUAAGCCCACACUGACGUCCUACAUCUGGUUACCAUUAAGGUCCGAUGACUCAAGUUACUCGCUGCAGGAAACAAUCGCACAGCUCAAAGAAACCUUCUGAGGGGAGCCUCCCUUUGCCAAAACGCCCGAGUUUCAUUCGUUGCUUCGAGUGAUAGUUCACCCAAAAUUAAAAAUGCUAAGCCCGUAUGACUUCGAAGAACCUUACAGUUAAUGUGCACAUUUUUCACAUGAAUAACAGAUUACAGGUUUGGGAUGACACGAAGGUGAGUAAGUAAUGAUAUAAGGCAAAGGAUCUCAGUCUGAAACCUUUAUCUCUAUAAACUUAACAUUCAAAACCCCUUUCUAGGUCAUUUGACUUGUUUUAACGGCCUCAAGUAAAUGUAUCAAGAGCAAGGUGUUGAAUAUCAAGGCAAUGGAAAGGUAAUUUAUCUUAAAGCAACAGAGCAGCAGCAGCAGGUUCUGUUUAAGCUGAGCUUUUAUCUGCAGCGGCUGUGUAAUUGCCUGCACAUGUCUCUUUUUAUCUCAAUCACAGCACAGAUUAGCUGACUGCUGAGAAACCGGUUUACUUCGAGCACCACCUUGUGGCUUUUUUACAGACUAUGGUUUAAAUUAACCCACUUCUUAAAAUUUCACCAACAGAAUGUGAUUUUUUCUGGCACCAUGCAAUAACUCUUCCCAAUAAAUAAAUUCUGUGGUACUGUAUAAAAGACUCAACUGAAAAAUUAAAUGUACAAUAUAUUAUGUAUUACAAAUUAAAUGUACAAACAGCAAAUCAUUGUUUUUGGUAUUUUUGGUAUAUUUAAUUUCCCUUUUUUUUUUAAUCAUUUCCUUAAACUAUUUCUUAAUCAUUUCCUUAACUAUUUUUUCUAUUUUUACAAUAAUAACCACAAAAACUAUCUUGUUUGUGGGAUGGUAUAAUUGCCAAUAGAGUAAGAAAAAUAGAUAUAUUUGAUAAUGUCUUUAUGUAUAAUGUUAUAAUAUUUUUUUCUCAUAUAAAUGUUUUAUUUUAAGGAUGUUUACAUUUUUAGACAAAAUAUGGGAGACGGGGGACAGCUGCAACACUUUUUGUAUUUCCUUCAGUUUCUCAGAGACUGAGAAACUAUUAAAUUUUAAUACAUUAAACCCACAUCUGUCAGAUACUCACCCACAUUUCUCUAACAUGCCUACAUAUGAUAAUAUAUGUAUAAUUUAAGCUUGAGCAGACAAACUUCAAAUGUUGCAUCUGACCCUGAACAGGGAAUGGUUGCAACGUUCAUUAAAAUGUAAUUUUAUAUUGUGUAUUACAUAACAUCAUAUUUACAUUUUUUUGUUUUAUUUCUGAACAGACUAAAUGUAAAUCGGUUAAAUUAGUUCAACUGGCCGUAUAAAGAUAAAGACUGGUACAACAACCACAUUUAGUUAAUUAUUUGAUCAAAAAAAAAAAUGAACAAAUUGAAACUUGCUAUGCUAGCUAGACACAAUAGCUUUAAUACUUCAUAGCUAUGCCUAUCAGAAGCUAAAACGAACAUAAAACACUUAUUUGAAUUAAAUGAAUGAAUGGUGCUUCACAAAAACUGUUUAGACGGUAUGUAAAAUUACUGAUUGGAGAAAUAAUUCAUGUCGCAACUGUCCCCGGUCUCCAGUAGUAGCGGUUUUGUUAUAAACUCAAAAGAGUAUAUUAUUAACAGUGAUUAAUUUCUUCACUCCAGCAGGAAGGAUAGGUUUCCCUUUAGCAUGCGGUAAGCUUGCAUUUCCUUCCUCAAACACGGCUGGAGCUGCCAGAUGUACAGUAAUUAAACUGAAAGAGGAGUCCAUUUCCCUGAAACCGAGUAAAGCGUUUACGGAGUUUAGAAAAACCUUGUUUGUUAUCCUGUCGGAGAUUUUACAGAAAAGUCGGCCGAUACCAGUAAACCCCUCCCGAAUCCGUCCCGAGGCUGAGAGGACCUUCAACUGGUAUGGAAAUAUUAUAAAGCAUGAAAAGAGCUUACAUGCGUUCCUUGACCUUUCUGGUAUUUUCGGGUAUCUUAAAAGUGUGUGAGCUAUGCCCAUCUGUCCGAGCAAGCCGGGCCACAAAGUUCGUGGCGGAGGGCGGCAGCCUCCAGUUGAGCUGUGAAGUGCAACACUGCGGCCUUUCGGGCUGGACCGGAGGAUGGGUUUUCCAGGAAUCGGACUCACUCAAAUUUACUUCCCUCAUUCCCUCUGAGCGGAUCGGGACGUCCAACUCCAGCUCAACAGCCAACAGCACACAUCUGUCACUCCACAUUCACAACAUCAACCAGUCGGAUGCUGGAGCAUACAAGUGCUCGAUAAACUGGCCUCAGAAAAUAACUAGCAGUGGACAUGUGACAUAUGUUAACGUGACUGCAGCAGCUGCAGACUCCUCAGGCAGAAGCCUCUCUCAUAGGGUCCUGCUUUGUUUUGGUGCCUUGAUGUGUUUUUCUGUGGUUUUGGGGUUUGUUUGGUGUCUCACCCGGGACCGUCAUCCACCACCACCCCCUGUCCCGCCUCGCACAUCCUUUGCUGCUGGAGCAAAACCAAAAAAGGAAUUGGUGUAUGCAGAAGUUGCAAUGAACAAAUCGAGGCGACAAAAUGAUCCUCCGAAGCAAGCGUCUGAGCCAACCGUCUAUUCCUCUGUGCGUUUCUCUUGAGACGUCAAGGACAUCAAAGCAUUUUUAUCUUUCACGUAGCUGUGGGUCAUUUUCAAUACCAGAGCAAAUACGACUGUAAACAUGCUGGCAGUACAGUUAAGACAAAGAUAUCAACUUGACUUGGGAUCCUUUGAAAUGUGAAUUCUAGCAAUGUUACUUUUUGAUUUAAUACACAGUAGACGUAAAGCCCUAUCAAAUGCUGUUGUUCUUGCAGAAUGUGUGCAUUUUGGAUAUAAAUUGUGUGGUUGUACCCGAAAUAAAAGAAGACUAAUUUGUUUUCACAACAGACAGGUAUUUGACACAAAAUACAUUUUAUUUUUUUUUAUAAUAAAUUCUUAAUGGCACAUGCCAUAACCAAAUAUACAUAUACAUAAUCUUUUAAAUUAUUUUUAUUUGACUCUGUAUACAUUUUUUUUUUUAUACGUAACAUCAACAAUUUUUAAAAGCAAUAAAUUAUGGCAGUACAAACAUAUAUGCCAACACAUUUUAUGUCAAAGUUUGUCACUAUUGUACAAGAAUAUUUCGCUCGCUCUCUGCAGUCUAAUGCCCUCUCUAAUGAGUACCGCUGAAAACUUAAAUCAUGAGGAGAGACACAUAUAUGUAAAUAAAUAACAAAAGAAAAUCCUUCAAAAAAUGUUAAAAAAUGAUUCUUUCAGCCACAGUUGAAUAACAAAGCGUUUACAAAAAAAAGGACCUUUUGUACAUCCACGAGUCUUAAAGAAAAACAUGUCUGUGCUUUCUCAAAAUGAAAUUAAAUCGAGUAUAUCAUUUUUUUUUAAGUUCAAUUGUGCAAAUAUAUCUGUUCAAUAAAAUUAGUGUCGAACAAAUAUACUGAAGUCUUUAUUUAGAGAGCUAAAUGUACCCUGAAAUGAACAGAAAGAUUUUCCUCAAAAAAUAUAAUGAAAUGUAUCUUCGCCAUUCGUGAAAUAU